GGAGAUUUACUAGCCCGACAGGGAACGGAGGCUGACAGAGCCACACCGAGCCCGGAGACAGCCAGCUCAGAGGCCACGGAGACACCCCGAAGCCGGGGGACACAGAGACACCCCGAACCUAGGGCCACAGGUACCGAGCAAGAGACACUCCGAACACAGAGCCCGGAGACACCCCGAACCCAGGGGCCACAGAGACAGCCCGGAGACAACCUGCCCGGCCACAGAGACAUCCCCAGACGUUCCGGGCCGCAGAGCAGGUCACUGGCCGACCGCUCACCGCCUGCCACACACUGCAGUUCCGGCUCUCUGCCUCCCGUGAGGGGCAACACCGACACCUGCCCCUGAGCUGUCCUGAUUGGCUACCUGGACCUCCCUGACUGGAUACCCUUCCCGCGCACCCCUCUGGCUACCUGCCUGCCUGGCCCCUGGUGGUUAUUGGUGGGGUUUGGCUUCUGAUCUGCCCCGGUGGCUCCUCCCGUCCUCCCCCUGCCAUGUGAGCGCCCCCUCCCGGCUCUCUCCUCCCCCUCCAGCCAGGCUCUCCUUCUCCUCCAUGCAUCCCACCGGCUUCUUCAGGAUGGACUUCAGCCAGGGCAGCCUGUUCGGGUACAUAGAGGACCUCCAUGAGCUGGCCAUCAUCGAGAGGCCGGUCCGCAGGAGCCUCAAGACACCAGAAGAGAUCGAAAGGUUGACGGUCGAUGAAGAACUCAAUGACAUCGAGAGGGCUGUAUAUCUGCUCAGUUCUGGCCAAGACAUCCAAGGAACAAGCGUGGUGGCCAAUCUUCCAGUAUUGAUUCGGCAGAGCCCGGCAGACACUCUGAGACGCGUGUUACCGAAAGUCAGAGAGGUUCUCCAUGUUGCAGGAGUGGAGAUGCAGCUCACGGCUGCCUACUCUUUCUUGACUAUCUUACAAGAAGAAUCUGUCUCGAUACAUUCGUACUGUCUGUCCUUCCUGCAAAUCAUCCUGCAGAACCUGGAGCACAGAGACCCCGGUGUUAGCAAUGCUUGGCUGGAUACCCUUCUGUGCGUCAUCGAAGUUUUGCCAAAGGAGACCAUCAGACACGAGAUUUUAAACCCACUUGUGUCGAAAGCUCAGCUUUCCCAGACGCUGCAGUCCCGCCUCGUGAGCUGUAGGAUUUUGGGGAAGGUGGCCAAUAAGUUUGAAGCUCACAUAGUAAAGCGAGAUAUUCUCCCGCUGGUGAAGUCUCUGUGUCAGGACGUGGAGUAUGAAGUGCGCUCCUGUAUGUGCCGGCAGCUGGAGUUUAUCGCGCAGGGAAUCGGGACAGAACUUACAAAAUCGGUGGUCCUUCCCGAACUCGUGGAGCUGGCCCGGGACGAGGGCAGCAGCGUGCGCCUGGCGGCUUUCGAGACGCUGGUGAAUCUGCUCGUUAUGUUUGACCACGAUGACCGAAGCCAGGUGGUCCUCCCUCUAGUGAAGUCAUUCUGCGAGAAGUCCUUCAAGGCAGACGAACCGGUCCUGGCGUCUCUGUCUCUGCAUUUAGGAAAACUUUGCCAUGGCCUGCAAGGCAUCUUCAGCCAGGAGCAGCAGAUCUGGUUCCUGGACUUCUACAAGAAGCUUUGCAGACUGGGCUUACACCAAGAGAACGGACACAACGACAAUCAGAUUCAGAACAUGGAGCUGGAGAAGAAGUACUUAUCCGUGAGGAAGAACUGCGCCUACAACUUCCCCGCCAUGAUUUUGUUUGUUGGCGCUAAAAGCUUUCACAUAGAGCUGUAUACAACCUUCUUUUGUCUUUGUCACGACCCAGACAUGCCGGUGAGAUACACGGUGGCCGCUGGCUUCUAUGAAGUCUGUAAGCUUUUAGGGUCCAAUGUGUAUUUAAUACACAAAGAGCUGAUGGCCUUAUUACAAGAUGACUCCUUAGAGGUUAUCGAUGCUUUAUUAGACAAUCUUCCCGAAACUCUGGAGCUGAUGGCAAAUGGAGGUGAAAACUCAGGGCUAGAAAAUAAGCUUCUGAUCGUUCCCGACCUGGUCCCGGCACUGACCUCGGCAGAACAGAGAGUUGCCAACUCACUCAAAUGGAGGAGCCAUGAAAAACUAAUACAGAAGUAUUCCUGCUUGCCACACAUCAUUUCGAGCGACCAGAUUUACUACCGCUUCCUGCACAGAAUGUUCACCGUUAUUUUAACCAAUAGUGUUUUACCCGUCCAGAAGGCAGCCGCCCGAACCCUGUGCAUAUUCCUGCGUUAUAACCGCAAACAGGAGCAGAGGAAUGAAGUCAUCCAGAACCUCGUUGAACAGCUCUGCCAGGGGAAGAGUUACUGGAACAGGCUGAGGUUCUUAGACGUCUGCGAGGACAUCAUCGAGCUGUUUUCCAAAUCUUUCUUCUGCAAGUAUUUUUUUCUGUCGGUUCUGGAGCUUACGAGUGACCCGGUCGCUAACGUCAGAAUGAAGGUUUGCUACAUGCUGCCGAAACUAAAAUCUACGCUGAAGCUGCCGGCCGACAAGCACUUGCUGCAGCAGAUGGAGCUGUGUGUGAGGAAGCUCUUAUGUCAAGAGAAAGAUAAAGACGUGCUGGCCGUGGUGAAGCGGACGGUGCUGGAGUUGGACAGAAUGGACAUGUCCGUGGAUGCGUUCCAAAAACGCUUCUAUGAAAAAGAUUUGUUGGAUCAGGAGAAGGAGAGAGAGGAGCAUCUUAUGCUGGAAAUGGAGCAAAUCGAGAAGGAAAAGCAACAAGGAGAAGGAAGGUCCGGCAACGACAAGAAUUACGAUAAGAAGCGCAGAGACAGUAAAACAGGGGCAAGUUUACCAAAAAACCUUCCGACGGUGAUCUCCGGAGGUUCUUCAAGCACACAAAGCACCGGGAGCAGAGAAGGCGUGAAAAGCAAGCUGAUCCGCAGCCAGUCGUUCAGUAGCCACGUCAUCCAGCCGAAACACAGCUCUCUGGAGAAGUGUGCCAACAAAAGUAACUCUGUAUUAGGUGUGGGGAAAAAUGUUUUGCUGCCAUUUGUAGAAGAUUCUCUCAAAGGCCGUAGCGGCAGCGCCAGCGGAGCGGUGAGCUUCUCUGGAUCCGUAGCGUCUUCCCGGAGCAUAGGGAACUCGGCGGACCUGAAGUCAAACGGGAGCAGGGACCCCCAAGCCCGGAAGCUUAGCUUAAAAACCCGGAAAUCAAAAGCUUAAAUCAUUCAUCCAGUAGCCCGGCAAACCAAAGAAA